GACGGCGCCUCCCAUUCUUGUAAAUUGCGAAGAAGAAGGGAGGCUGAGAGGCUGGGGGGCUAACCGGCUGGGCGGCUCGGACAUUUCGCUGGAGCAUCCUGAGAAGUGGACACUGCCGCCGGUUUCGUUGCCGCCUUUGGUGGAAAGGAUGACAGCCAGACCGGGAUUCUAUCGGCAGGAGCUCAACAAGACCGUAUGGGAGGUGCCCGAAAGAUACCAGAAUCUGACGCCGGUGGGCUCGGGGGCGUACGGCUCCGUCUGCUCAGCGUAUGAUGUGUGUCUCCGGCAGAAGGUAGCCGUUAAGAAGCUCUCCCGUCCAUUCCAGUCACUCAUCCACAGCAGGCGCUCCUAUAGAGAACUGCGACUUCUCAAGCAUAUGAAGCAUGAAAAUGUUAUUGGGUUGCUAGAUGUUUUCACUCCUGCAGCAUCUCUUGAAGAAUUCAAUGAGGUCUAUCUCGUCACUAAUCUAAUGGGAGCAGACCUCAACAACAUAGUCAAGUUCCAGCGCCUUUCAGAUGAGCAUGUGCAGUUCCUCAUUUAUCAGCUGCUCCGAGGCCUUAAGUAUAUUCAUUCAGCCGGACUGAUACACAGAGACCUAAAGCCAAGUAAUGUAGCUGUGAAUGAAGAUUGUGAGCUCAGGAUUCUGGACUUUGGACUGGCCAGACAGACAGACGAUGAGAUGACAGGGUAUGUGGCGACUCGCUGGUACAGAGCGCCUGAAAUUAUGCUGAACUGGAUGCACUACAAUCAAACAGUGGAUAUCUGGUCUGUGGGGUGCAUUAUGGGUGAACUUCUCAAAGGGAAGGUCCUGUUUCCCGGCAACGACUAUAUAGAUCAGUUGAAGAGAAUCAUGGAAGUAGUUGGCACUCCGACUGCUGACCUACUGAAGAAGAUCUCUUCAGAGCAUGCUCAGAAAUACAUUCAGUCCCUUCCUUACAUGCCCCAGCAGGACCUGGGGAAGAUAUUCAGAGGAGCCAAUCCAUUGGCGGUGGAUCUGUUGAAGAGAAUGCUGGUGUUGGACUGUGACAGGCGGAUCUCUGCCAGUGAUGCUCUGUGCCACCCGUAUUUCUCCCAGUACCAUGAUCCUGACGAUGAGCCUGAGGCACCGCUGUAUGACCAAACCCCAGAGAGCAAGGACCGCACCCUGGAAGAGUGGAAGGAGCUGGUGUUUGAGGAAGUGAACAGUUUCAAAGCACCUGUCAGCAAAUCAGACAGCCUCCAGGCUGAACAGUAAAAGACACUAUAUUCAUCCCUCCAACACUGAGUCUACUACCUAUGAAGGGGUCUUGGUAGACUUAGCACUGAGGAUCUAAGGACUUGAUGGAUGACUGUGAGCUAAUCAGAAGAAUAAUGAUGCAUUCCCUAGGCAUGAUGCCUUUUUUGAGUGUGUAGGGUGUGUGUGUGUGUGUGGGUGUGUGUGUGUGUGUGUGUGUGUGUGUGUGCGCAUACAUGCAAGUUUGUACCUGCUUGUUUUCCUGAAUGCUGGAGGGUAGCAUGUGUCUAGUUUGGAGAACACAUUAUAGACACAUUAUAUGCACAACCAGUAUAUUACUAUUACAGGGAGCAUGCUGUUGUGUAUAUUCAUUGUAUUUUUUUUUUUUUUUUGAGGGAGAUAAAAGGAAGAUGCAACAGGAUACGGGUGUCAGUCAAAGCAAAAAGGAUAGGGUCAGUCUUGAGUCACAUGUUUACGGAAUAGGAAUGACUGGAACGUACUGCAGUUGGACAAAAUAACGGAAACACUAAGUAAAUAGCGGAUCAAAAUGUAUAAUUUACAGUAAGUUUUGCUAAAAAAUAACAAAGAAAUAAAAAAGUGUGAAAUAAUAUACAUUACAAAUUAUGAAGGAGGACGAAAGACGAAUGGCCAGCCUAUGGUGAAAACAGGUAAUGUCUCUGGGCAGCGAUUCAGUGGCGUCUCAGUGUCACAUUUCAAAGGGCAGUUCCACUGAUUUUUCAAAGUUUCUGCAUAGUUUAAUUUUUGAGUGUUUUGGUGUGAAAUGGAGAAACUGACUCUGAGUUUCUUUCCAGUGGUGGUGAUGGGAACCAGGGGUUGCAUUGUUUACAAAGCAGUUCUAUUUACUGCCCAAAGUGAUCAGUGAACCUUCACAUUGUCUUCUGAGUUGUAUGUGUAAUGUUGAUGAUGGUCAAACAGUGGUAAACCUACAACUCUUCCUUCUUGGCUUGUUUUACCCCACAGCACCCUGCAUGUACCCCUCUGCCAUGAAUGCAUUAUACGUCAUAGCCCAAAAGCUGAUCUCUAAAUUAUUAUAAAACCAUGUCUCAGGCAUUAGGCAGAUUCGUAACCAAUUUAUUUAACGUUCUGUGACGGAGCUUUGAGAGACUAAAGUCUCCUGAUGUCUGGUACCUAUCACCACCAUUGUGAACAAUUCUGGUUCAGUGAGUUUGUGUAGAACCACUCUGAAUGGCUUUGUUAAUGAUCUGGGCUCACUUUCUCAAAAGCACCGUAGUGUUAAGAUCGUGUAAACGUCUUUGUGUUAAGAGGCUGCUGGGAAAACCCAGCCCUAAGUGACUGCGUAAGAGAGUCCUUUUGAGAAAUCUGUGGUAUUCUUCUUUAAUGUGGCCUCAGGAAGGAGUAGCAGUGUCUGUAUGUUGAAGCUCAGUCAGCAGUAAUAGACAUGGUGUCUAUAGAAAGACACUAGAAUGUUUUUUUUAAACCUGCUUGACUGUCUUGGCCAAAACUGUGCAUCAAUUAUCUUAACAAAGCUGAUAUUCAUGAUGGGGAAACUAGUUAAACUGCUUGUAACCUCUUGUAACAAUAUAUGACAUCACUGAAAUUUGGUAACUUAAGACAUAACAUGGUGUAAUGUCUGUCAGCAAUGGACACAAGUAAUGUUUUUUUUUUUUACAUCCAUAAACCAUUUUUGCCUGAUCUUAACCGAUAUUGGAUUGCUUCUUCUUGAAGAAUGCCAAUAGAAAUUGUGUUUAUCACAUAUGAUAUUAGUCCACCAGGUCUGAAUCUCUGAAGACAGAAUGAUACGAUUUGCAUUGUGUUAAAAUUCCUUGAUGAAUGUACCAAAAGAAAUGGUCUAACGUUACGUUUUAAAAAUAUUUUUACAUGAACUUCUGUUACAAGUUAACGUUUUUUCCUUCUGCUGUAAAGUUGGAGUUACAAGGUUUUACUCCAACAGUGACGGUAUAGUUCUCUGUGUUUCCGUUAUUUUGUCCACCGACUUCAUUUCCAUUUUUGAAAGGUUCACGUCUACAGUACAUUCAGCAUGUCUAAAUGUGAAAGUGUGGUGUCUCAGUAUUCAUAACAAUCAAUCUUUUAUUCAUCAUAAUAUCUCUUGGGUGCAUUAUAAAGAUCUUACAUACCUCAGACACUUUCUGUUCACUUAAACAUGAAUGAUCUGACUUUGGAGCUCGCUUUGUUUUGUGUCACGUGCUGUUUGUUGAAAGUGUCGAAAGAAAAUGUUCUUCCAUUGACCAAACGGACAGGAGGUCAAAGGCCCCUGUUCAGAAUGAAAUACCACUGUUUUCUUGUCAGUGCUUCACGACGUGUGGAUGAAACAGGAGGCAUAAAUAUCUAUAGGUGGUUUAAACUGCAGUAAUCCAGUAACGACUAAAAUCAUCCCAUCAUCUUAACCCAAUUAGCAUAAAAACGAAAGAUUUGCUACCUUUAGUCAGUUUUGACGUUACUUUUUUUAAACGAUUGUAGAGCAGAUACUGAAGAGGGACUUUUACACUCCAGCUUCUUUUUAAAUGUUGUAAUUGUUUGUCCGGUGUUUCUAUUCUCUACUGAAUGUGACGAAUGUUUUACCCUGAAAAGUAUCUGAUCUACUCUGAAUGUCUUUGAUGUUUGUGAAGUAUAUUUUAUAUUUCAUGACUGGGUUUAUUAUUUUCCCCUGGAUUUAGGAUCUGUUGGUUUCCGUAGUGCUAUUUGUAUUUUCCUUGUUCAUUAUGUUCUUCAGAUUUUGACUGGAUUUGUGCCCUGCAACUGUGGAUUAAAUAAGACCUUUAGCUAUAUCUUA